AUGGCGCAGCAGCGCCGUGUCCAGCUGUCCACGCAGCGGCCGGGCAGCACCGUGUGCGUGCUGGGCACCGAGCUGGCCCUGGACGUGUGCGGCUCGGCUCCGCGGGGUGCGGCGGCGUUCCAGGCUCAGGCCACGCCCGGGGUGAAGCUGUGGGUGCUGCGCGAGGCCAGGAGCGUCAAGCUGCCCUCGAGCGUGGGGCGCUGGCCCCUGGCCCCCCGCCCCGAGCUGCUGCUGGCCAUGGACGCGCCCAGCAAGGACGUGGGCGACGAGAAGGUGGGACACGGAUCCUGGCGGAUCCCGGGAUUCCUGCUGGAUCAUGGGAUUACCGAUGGGUGUUGGGAUUCCUCGGGGACAGAUCCCAAACUCCAUCCCCACCAUCCCAGGAGGGUCUGGGACAUCAGGAACAGAUCCCAAACUCCAUCCCCACCAUCCCAGGGCCUCCUGGAGUGGCCGAUCUUCACGGACUCCGUGGUUUUCCGCGUGGCUCCCUGGAUCAUGACCCCCAACACGGCAGCACCGCUGGAGGUCUUUGUCUGCAGCGUGGACAACAACGAGGGGUUCGUGGCGGCCGUGGGCGCGCUGGCCGAGAGGGCGCAGUGCCCGCUGACCGUGUGCCCGGCACAGCAGAACCGCCAGGACCGCUGGAUCCAGGAUGAGAUGGAGUUCGGCUACGUCCAAGCCCCCCACAAGACCUUCCCUGUGGUCUUCGACUCGCCCAGGGAUCUCGGCCUGAAGGACUUUCCCAUCAGGAGCAUCCUGGGCCCCGAUUUUGGCUACGUGGCCCGGCAGGCUCCGGAGGGCGCUUCCAGCCUGGAUUCCUUCGGGAAUUUGGAGGUGAGCCCUCCGGUGACGGUGGCGGGCAAGGAGUACCCCUUGGGGCGCAUCCUGAUCGGCAGCAGCUUCCCCAGGCUGGGCGGCCGCAGGAUGGCCAAGGCCGUGCGGGAUUUCCUGCUGGCCCAGAAGGUCCAGGCGCCCGUGGAGCUCUUCUCGGACUGGCUCCACGUCGGGCACGUGGAUGAGUUCCUGAGCUUCGUCCCCGCGCCCGAUCGGAAGGGAUUCCGGCUGCUCCUGGCCAGCCCCAGCGCCUGUUACCAGCUGCUCAAGGAGAAGCAGGAGGAGGGGUUUGGAGAGGCUGCCAUGUUCCAGGGGCUGGACAGGGACGGGGUGCCCAAGCCGACCAUCAACGAGAUCCUGGCUAAUGAGGAGCUCCGCAAGUUCAACGAGUACGCCCAGGUGAGGGAGGGAGCAGGAGGCUCUGAUCCAUCGCUCCCUCCGUGUCCUUCUUGCCUUUGGGGUCAGGAAUAA